CGACUAGAAAUGUCAAUCUGAGCAAGGGAGUCCCAAUAAUCUAAAGCAAUCUGUAAGGACCUGACCUUAGUCCAUCCAGAUCAAUAGAGAAGUGAGAGUGGAGGAGGAGGAAGAAGAAGAAAAGAGCGCAACCGGAUCGUUUUGCCGCUCCCGUGGAAAUACAGACUUUGCAUGUUUUUGUGGCGCACACUGUAAAAGUGGAUCAUAUCGAGGCGCAACUCUGUCUUUGUGAGACCGCCGCAGACUUUUACUCCCUUUCUCCUCCCGCGCCGCCAUGUCUUUCCCUCAACUGGGAUAUCAGUACAUCCGACCGAUAUACCCGCCGGAGCGUCAGGGGAUCUCCGGGAACGGCCGAACCGCCACUGACCUGAGCCCGUCCGGCGCGCUCUCCAAUGUCCUGUCGUCCAUGUACGGAUCUCCGUUCGCUGCGGCGGCGCAGAGCUACGGAGCCUUUCUGCCCUACUCCAACGAUAUCUCAAUUUUCAACCAGUUGGGCGCUCAAUAUGAGCUGAAGGACAGUCCCGGUGUUCAGCACCCAGGGUUUGCCCACCACCACCCUGCUUUUUAUCCAUAUGGUCAAUACCAGUUCGGUGACCCGUCCAGACCCAAAAACGCCACCAGGGAGAGCACCAGCACCCUGAAGGCCUGGCUCAGUGAGCACCGCAAGAACCCUUACCCGACCAAGGGAGAGAAGAUCAUGUUGGCCAUAAUCACCAAGAUGACCCUGACGCAGGUGUCCACCUGGUUCGCCAACGCCAGGAGGAGGCUAAAGAAGGAGAACAAGAUGACCUGGGCCCCUCGGAACCGCACAGACGAGGAGGGCAACGUUUAUACCAGCGACCACGAGGGGGAGGAGGGCGACAAGAGGGAGGACGAGGAGGAGAUCGACCUGGAGAACAUCGACACGGAGAACAUUGAGAGCAAGGACGACCUGGAUGACCAGGACGACCUGCACUCAGACAUCAAACUCGACGGGAGGAGUGACUCUGAGAUUUCUGACGGCUAUGAGGAUUUACAAGGGCCCGACCAGAGGUUUCUAAAAGCGGUGGGGAAGGAUGGCAAAGACGUGGAGAGAGGAGGGGAGCACUUCCACACUCACCACCACCUCCAUCCUUUGGAACUCAAAAGGUCCCACCAGGCGAGCGCGGAGCAGCUCAAACUCAACCAGGCGUCCCCGCCGUCAGAGAACAACCAGGCUCCUGCGCAAAAGCCAAAGAUCUGGUCUUUAGCAGAGACGGCCACGGCACCGGACAAUCCACGCAAAUCGCCGCAAAUGAACGGCAACAGCUGCGCUGGGCCCGCGGCGCAGACCAUCAUCAGCCCGCACAGACUCCUCUCCUCGUGUCCCGUGGGGAAAAUCCAGAACUGGACCAACCGGGCCUUCUCAGCGCAUCAGCUGGCUUUACUGAACUCGAACCACUACCUGGGACUGGCAAACCAGGCCACGGCCACGGGCCUGGCUCUGUACAGCAGCAGCAGCAGGCACUCAGAAGACAAGAGUCAUAGUUCAGAGUCUGCAGUCACAGGUACAUGUCCCCGACACUGAGACAGACAGCAGACAACACUUUUAUUUUGUAUUUUUCAACUUUUUCGUUUCCUGUUGGUGGAUUUUAUUCGCGCUUUAGGCCGCAGUGAUUAUCAGUGUGUGUUUUUUUAUGGUUGAGAAACAAACCCCACAGAGGCUGUAAAAAAGAGAAAAAAGUGUGCGCCAGGAUAUUUAAUAAUAAUAAUAAAAAGUUUUAUUUGUUCGUUUGCGCUCUCAUCACACACACACACACUAAUUAAUUAAGGGGCGCGUGUUUCGCGGUUUCCACGCGGCUUUUAACUAAUCGAGACGAUUUAAAAUAAAAAUAAAAAAUAAACUGACACACAUGUAUUUUUUUUCAUAUUUCUGAUAAAUCUAGUGCCUUGGACGCAACGAAAAAGUUAACAAAUUAAAAAAAAAAACUCAGUUCAGAGUAAGAAAGAGUUGUUUUUGAUGCUCUCACACAAUUUGGGUGUUUAUCCUAAUUAUUAUUCUUAUUUCGUUAUUAUUUUUGUGCGCAGCGCUUAUUUCGUCAGGCCUGUUUAUUCCACUUUCGGUCAUGCAAAUGAGCUCAAUGCAAAUGAACAUCAGGCUCUUUUUGUGAAAAGGCAACUGUCACUUUUAUAACACUUUGUGUUUUAGCUUUUCACCACGCAGACUAUUAUUAGUCUCACUCCCUCUCUUUUAUUUUUUUUUUAAUUAAAAAGAAAUACCCCUGUGUAUUUUAGGCCUUAGAACCAACUGAAAGCAGCUGGUUCUUUCUUGUUCCCCCCCCCCCCCCCGCCACGCGCCUUUUUUAUUUUUAAUUUGAAUAUGGAUUGUAAAAUAAGAAUAAUACAUCUCUGUGUACUUACAUUGUAAGCAUGUCCUGUGUAAAACUGCUAAUGUAAUAAUGUAUGAACCUGUAGUCUGUGAGUUUUAUUUCUUUUUUUCUUCCCCCCCCCUUUUUUUUUCUUUUUUUUUGUAAGUUCUGUGAGGAUUUGCUGUUCAAAUGUUUUGUAUAUAAAGUUAAGAAUAUGUACAUACUUGUGAACCAAAUUGUACAAGAAAUUCUAUAUUUUGGCUAAUAAAUGAACUGCUGCAACUUUAA